UCUCCGAAUCGCUCCGAAUUUUGGUCGCUGCGCAAAAACGGGCGCCUCUGUCGGCGCCUUUGUGAAGCGAUUCGGCGCCGACGCAAAUAAUAAUUUUUAGAUAAAUCUUACUGUUGAGGGCAAGUUACAUGGACAAAUGAAUCGAUCGAGUUCAUUUCAUACUGUUUUCAGAACUUAUUUAAAUUUAAAAAAAAUCCCGUUUUCUGUUCUGUUAAUUAUAAUUUCGAAUAAUUCCUUUUCGCAAAGCAAAAGUAUACUUUUAGCUUGUCAAGGAUAUCAAAAGGAAUUAUUAUUUUAUGUCAUUCAAAAACAAAAAUUUGAGCUUUUGGUGCGUGUGAUUUUUAUGAUUAUAUAAUUAUAAAAGCAAUUCUACUUCGCAGGUCCUUGGUGUGGAAUAAUUAUUUUAUUCCUCUCUUAAUUUGUUUGUUUUGACUGUGGCUGUGUCAUCGGAGAACUUCAUUGUUUUUUUUAUUUAUUAUCAUUCAAUUAAUUUUCGGCUUACAAUUAGAUUCAUUUUUUUAAAGGCUUUCUUUUUAAUUAUUCUUUUUUUAAUUUCUGGCAAUUGUUUUGAAUUGAAUUCUUUCAAAUUAAUCUUGCGUUUAUUUUAAAUUUAAAGUAGCUUUAAAAUUACAAAUAAUUAGUAUAAAUUCAAUUGGAAUUAGCUUGUAAAAUUCAUGGGUUUCUAUUUCGAUACAAGGGAAUUUAUAAAGGCAUUUUAGAAUUCAACUGCAGAUUCACAGAACUUUCUAGAUGCAUCUAGAAAGUUCUCAAUGUAAAUCAAAUGGGUGGGUGGGUUUUGCACGACCCUCCCAGGGCUGCUACCCGCGCUAUAAAAGGCGCUCCGUCCGCUGGCUCGAUGCGGAAGGCUGACAGACCUCAGAGAAAUCCGAGGACACCUGGACACCCAGUGCAGUUUCGGACGCCCGUCCGAUUCCAUCGCACCCGUCCGAGCCGUCCCGAGGCCCGACCGCUGUCUUGUCCCGACGCUGUCUCGUCCGAGGACAGCCGGAAGGCCGACCGCGUCCCGAGCCCCUCGAGAGACACACCAGUGUCCCUCGUACUGUCCCGGAUGCGGCUGAGCCGUCCGAAGCCGUACGGAGCAGCUUUGCCGGCUCCUUCCUGUCCGAGGAAUCGGGCGCCGACGUGGCACGCCGCCAGCGAGCGCUCGGACGAAGGCGUCCGAACGUCCGCCGCCAGAGACCCGCACGCCGUGGGCCCCGGCCGCGCCGAGAGCCGCCGCCGACCUGCAGGGAGCCGCCGGGUGUCCAGCAAGGACGUUUCCAGGGCAGCCUGCCGGCCUACCCAGGGAACGCCGCUCCCAUUUGUUGAUUUUUUAAGAGACAUUCAACUAACAAUUUCGAGUCAGUGAAAUUUACCAUUCUGCCAGAAUUGUUGUAAAUAAA